CAUGUUUGCGGAAGCUUGUUUCUAGCAGCUAGCUGGAGGCUUCUUACAUUUACACUUUAUGCUGUAGCUGUAUUUUAUAAUCAAAUAUGAAUCUACCAAAGGGACCAGAUUCGCUGUGCUUCGAUAAGGAUGUUUUUAUGAAGGAUGACUUUGAUGUGGACCAGUUUGUGGCGGAGUGUCGGAAGCAGGUCCAGAUGGAGGAGAUGAGGGAGGACCUGGAGCUCUACUACAAGCUGCUGAAAACAGCCAUGGUGGAGCUCAUUAAUAAGGACUAUGCCGACUUUGUUAACCUCUCCACCAACCUGGUGGGGAUGGACAAAGCCCUCAAUCAGCUUUCUGUGCCGUUGGGACAGUUACGAGAGGAGGUUAUGAGUCUGCGGUCCUGUGUGAGUGAGGUGAUCCAGGCUAUAGACAACCAGCUAACCAAACAGGAAGAUCUGCAGAAAAAGAAGGUGUGUGUAUUGAGGCUGAUUCAGGUGGUGCGCUCGGUGGAGAAAAUUGAGAAGAUCCUCAACUCGCAGAACUCCAAGGAAUCCGGCUCCCUGGAAAUCAGCAGUCCCUUGUUAGCAGGCCAGGUCCUGGAGAGGAUUGCUACAGAAUUCAACCAGCUGCAGUUCCAUGCUGUACAGAGCAAAGGCAUGCCCCUACUGGACAAAGUCAGACCUCGUAUCGCAGGGAUCACCUCCAUGCUGCAGCAGUCUCUGGAGGGCGUGCUGAUCGAGGGUCUGCAAACAUCCAACCUGGACAUGGUGUGUCACUGCCUGAGAACGUACGCCACCAUAGACAAGACUCGAGAUGCUGAAGCCCUGGUGGGACAGGUGUUGGUCAAGCCAUACAUGGACCAGGUAAUAGUGGAAGAGGUGGUGAAGUCCAGUCCGAAUGGUCUCCAUUUGAUGUACUCUAGACUGUUGGAGUUUGUUCCUCAUCACUGCAGACUGCUCAGAGAGGUGACUGGAGGAGCCAGAUCCAGUGACAAAUCUGUCGUAGUGCCAGGUUAUGAUUUCCUGGUGAACUCUGUGUGGCCUGAGAUGAUCAAAGGGAUAGAGGAGAGAUUGUCCUACCUCUUCAACCCUGGAAACCCCGAAAUAUUCUUUGAGCGUUACAGCGAGAGUAUGGAGUUUGUGCGGAGGUUUGAGCGUCAGUGCAGCUCACAGGCCAGUGUGAAGAGACUGAGAGUUCACCCCUCAUACACCACCUUCCAGAACAAAUGGAACCUGCCUGUCUACUUUCAACUAAGGUACAAGGAAAUUGCUGGAAGUCUAGAGAACGCCAUCAGUGAUGGACUUGAGGCUGCACCAGCUGGCAGUGCCUUCCACCUGCAGGUGUCGGAGGUGUUGUGGUCGUGCCUGAUGAGAUGUUGGUCAGACAAAGUCUACCUGUCACCUCUGGCACAUCGCUUCUGGAAGCUCACGCUGCAGCUCUACGCACGAUAUGCCAAGUUUCUUGACGAGGUGUUGACUAAGACUCCAACGCCUGAGUUACCUAAAGAGCCGACCAGGCCUCUGCCCAGCUCCGCCUCCUCCACCUCCAGCCGGACGUCGGGGGGGAGUGAGAGCGGGAGUCCUGCCUCUCUGUCCACCAAACAGCUGGUCUACAUAGCAGCUGACAUCCAGAAGCUGCAGGAACAGAUACCAGAGUUGUCAGAGACGAUCAGAAAACGGUUAGAAGCGAUUGGAUUCAAAAACUUUGCUGUGGUGGAAGACGCCUUAAUGGAUUCCAAGACUUGCCUGUCCAGUAGCAUUCCCACUUUAAAUAUCAAGAUGACCCAGCAUCUGACUGAACGCAGUUGCCGCUUCCUGAAGAGUGCCUCUGAGGUCCCAAGACUGUACCGCAGGACUAAUAAGGAUGUGCCGGUGCGUGCAUCCGCCUACAUGGACAACGCCUUGCGGCCGUUAGUUCAGUUACUGACUGACUCAACAGGGCUGGUCCACCAAUCUACAGCAAAAGAGUGGCUGCGAGUGGCACUGUCUGACUGCACACAGAGGUACUAUGAGACCAUCUCUGAGGUUCUGAGCUCAGUGAGGAAGAUGGAGGAGAGUCUGAAGCGCUUAAAGCAAGCCAGAAAGGGUGCAAGCAUGACCUCCACAGCAGGAGCCAACGGUGGACCCACAGACGACAGCAAGAUCCGACUACAACUGGCACUGGAUGUGGAAUACCUGGGGGAACAGAUCGAGAAGAUGGGUUUUCAGCCAAGUGACAUCUCCAUGUUCACCACUCUGAUGGACCUGGUGAAAGAGGCCCGAGAGCUCGCUGAGCAGUAAAAUGUUCACUCCAUAAUAACUGAAACCCAAUAACAUGCUGCUGUUCCUCAACACUAAUGAAGGAAAAACAAUAUGUGUCACAGUCUAGACUAGAGUCAAAGUGUGGUUACAGUUUGUGAUGAGAUGCCACAAAGAACGUGUGACAAGAACUGACAUUAUGGGGAUAUUUGUGUACAAACAAAUCUGAAUGCAGACUUUAAAGCCACAGAGCACAAACAUUUAUCAUCAGGAAUCUGCCCGAUGUGCGCUAGUUGUUGUUGGAAACCUAAAAAAAACGUCAUCAUUGGUUCUGCCGUAGUCAAUGUGAAUAAAAGGGACUGCAUUGUAUAUUAAAUGUUUUUAUAGAAAAUGCCUGAUCCUGGUGAUAUGCACUGCUCUUUGGAAAGUCAUUGUACAUGUUGGGUCAGAAUAUUGCAAGAGUCUUAAGUCUAAGUUGUAAAGAGAGAAUGUUAAUCAAUAUUUAUAUAAUUUCUGCUACUUGGUGAAGGAUGCAUCUCAAAUAAGGAAGUCUGUUAGUGUGUAAUAUUUACAUUUUUGUUAAAAUCAAAGUUAUAUAAUAUAAUUAACUUGGGAAUAAAAUUAAGAACUUCGGAGACCGUUUUGAAUGUGCAUGUUUUGAUAUAAAAGACGUUAGCUAGCUACUGGAUUGCAUUGCUUACAUAUUUUUCCCUCAGCACUGCUAACAUGCGCUACAGGUUGAUGAAAAGAAAAUCAAAUAAAUACAAGUUCAACUUUGAUGUUGGGAAUACAAAA